GCGUGUGUCUGUGCGUGUGCUUGUGGUCAGCUGUAUGGUUACUGUUACCAGGACAACGGUGGUAUCCAGGAGACGGUGACGGCCAUCACUGAGCUGGGCAGCCCUCUGGAGAUGAUCAGCCUGCUGCAGACGCCUUGGGAACAGAGGCUCAGGAUCUGUCUGAGUCUGGUCCGGCUGCUCUCCUUCCUGUCCCGCUCCCCUCUGGGCUCGCUGGCCCUGCUGGAUUUCCGGCCGCGUCAGUUCGUCCUGGUGGGGGGGCAGCUGAAGGUGACGGACCUGGACGACGCCAGCCCCCUGGAGGCGGCCUGCAGCCCCCGCUCCGCCCCCCAAGCCUGCACCCUGCAGUUCCCUGCACGCAACUUCACCCUCCCCUGCAGCGGGGGGCGCUGUGAGGACAUCAACGAGAAGAGGAACCUCUACAACGCCUACAGGUUCUUCUUCACCUACCUGUUACCCCACAGUGCUCCCAGCGCGCUGCGCCCCCUGCUGGACAACAUCGUCAACGCCACAGGAGAUCUGCGCUGGGGCGUGGAGAAGACUCUGUCCAAGAUGGAGGAGGUUCUCCAUCUCUACCGUACAGGAAGCUACCUGCACAGCCUCAACCACAGCACCACAGGCUAUAAGGAGGUGCUGGACUCCUCCAUCCCGGGGCAGGAGGUGCGCUGCUGGCCGUCCUACCAGCAGGAUGCCUGCCUGCUGGCCGUCUUUGAUCUGGGGGAGGCGCUGAGCCUGUGUGAAGACCACGCCCACUGCCACGCCCUCGUUUUCACCAACCAGACCACAUGGACAGGCCACCAACUGGUGUAUUUAAAGUCUGGUUGGUCUGGUCUGAGACGCGCCAUUGGACAGCUAACCUUCAUCCGAUUGGCCAGCUGAUCCAAACAAACAUUCUGAGUGGAUCGAUUGAUGGUCUGUGGGCGGGUCCCCGGCAAACCGCGAGACACCUGAUUGGUGUGUAGGGAGUGGAGGAGGCGUGAUUGGUCCAGGGAGGUUCUGCUGUUCCUCAGGGGCAGUGAUCUCUGACCUCUAUCAGGGUCAAAGGUCACCACGCCUCCAAAAACAAAACCGACCAAAGCAAAUAUUAGUGAUGAUUGUAAUAAUUAUGACAAUAAGACAAAACCCUUUAUAUUGUAAUGUGAUGUAAUGUGGUGGCAUGUGAUGUCAUGUGACGCGCUGACGCCCCGUGAUUUCCUGUCAUGUAACGUCACAUGAUGAUCUCUUCCUCUACUUAUGGCCCAGUGGAGCAGGCAGAGGGAGGUUGUGAGUGUGAUUCUGAUUUCCAAUGGAAAUGCCCGGUGCCUUCGAGCAAGUUCAGGGGGGGUGCUUUCAGUGAAAGUUGACCAGGUCUCAGGGUAUUAUGGGAUGUCCUGGUUGGAUAAUAAAACACUACCUGCUGCUCUU